AGGCUCCGGGGGCUGAUCAGGCGUGAGUCUGCACCGGGGCGGCCGGUACCGGGAGGUGCCGACCCGGUUAGGAGGCUCCGAGGACCGGUGCGCCGGGUCUCGGCACCGGGAGAUGCCGAUCCGCUACGGCUGCUGCCGGUACCGGGAGGUGCCCAGUCGGUGGGGGUCUCCGUUGACCGGGAGCGGCUGGUGCCGGUACCGGGAGGUGCCGAUCCGGUAGGACCCUGCGGUGACCGGGGCGGCUGAUGCCGGUACCGGAGAGUCCCCACCCGGUUGGACUCUCGGAGGACCGGUGCGCGACUGGUGCUGGUGCCGGUACCGGGAGGUGCCGACCGGGCAGGAUCCUCCAAGCACCGACCGUGCAUGAGUCAGCCCCGUUACGGCUCUCACCGGUACCGGGAGGACCCGAGGAGCGGCCGUGCGUGAGUCGGCACUGCUCCCGCUUCCCGGGCAGCAGGCUGGCGGAUGCCGGUACCGGAGCCGGAGCAGCAGCCGCUGUCCAUUCCGGUACCACCGACCGCAGGGAGCUGACACCGGGCCGGUACCGGCACCGGUACCCGGGAGGGCGAAAAGCCGCAGGAUACGUCUGCCCAGGUACGGCUCCGGCACCGCAGGCUGGGAAUCCGGGAUCCAGUUUUGGGACUCCCACAAAACCAGCCGUCAAUCCAGCAGCCCGCCACCUGCUAACGGCAGCGUUUUGGGGCCAAAACCACCUGUUUCAGGGGUUUUUUUUGUUGCUGUUGCAGAGCAGAGAGCUCUGGUCCCGACGGCCGCAGCGGGAGCCUUUGGCUGCGGUAACGCCACGGCUUCCUGGCAGGCGGCAGGAAAAAUAAACACCAUUAAAAAAAAAAAAAAGGACCAUCCCCAUAACCCGAGGUGACCGGCCGCGGCGUCAGCCGUGUGGGCGAGCAGGGUGAGCCCUGGCCCCGGGGAAGGUGUUCCCAUUCCCGUCCCUGUUCCCCUUCGCCCCUGCCAGGGGGAUUUGGGAUGAAGCAGGAGCCACGGAGCACAAGAAGGGGCGAGGUGGCACCUGGGUGCGUGGAGGGGGUCAGGGCUGGCUGAGAAACCCCUCCGAGCUCCGCUGUCCGGUGAUUUGUUAUUUAUUUGCUCAUUUGCUUCUGUUUCGGGAGCCGUGUGGAUGGCUAGGGAUGGGAACGGGUCGGGUUUUAUUCCGGGAGCGGUGAACUUGUCUCAUGAUCCUGAUGACACGCCUGGUGGUGCCCGGGAGGGAGGUUUUCCUCUCCUUUGCUUUUUGGGCAGCAGGACUCUGUCCUCUUGUUUUGCCAUUAAUACUGUCCUAGGGGGUGGACAAACGAGUUUGCUAAAGGUCAGUGCUUGGGUUUUGAGUUAAAACUAAAAAAACCCCAUGUUUUACACACCAAAAACAUCAAGUGGUUUUAUAAGGUUAAAAACAGGCAAGAGCAGAGUAUGCCAGGUGAUUAAAACCAGCCCAGGGACUGUGCCCGCAAUUGGGAAAUGCCCCCGUGCCCCUUCGCUUUUGAGGCUCAGCAGUUCCCGGCUCCAAAAUCAGGUGCUGAUCCCCGUCCGCGCUCGUUUGGGUGCGAUGGGGGCUCACGUAGGGCCUGAUCCUGCGGCAAAGGGCGGGUGCGUAGCGCAGUGCUGCUCCUCUCCAUGCAGCUCGUCCUGCGCUGAACCCAUUACGGGAUUAAGCCCGAAGUCGCACGGCGGUGCAGAGGUCUGCCGGGACGCGCAGCAAGAACUGAUCUGCAGAGAUGAGGAGGGGAGCAAAUAUUGCUGGGCUUCAACCUUUCCUCCCUGGCCCUCUUCGGGGCACAAAGAUCCUGGGGAUGGCUGGAGGUAUUGCCAGAGGGGAAGAAAACAUUGAGAUUUUGGGGGAUAAACUACCCUGGGAAAUUAUUUUUGCCGUGAGCCCAGCAGCUCACCGCUUUUAUCAGGCUUAUUUUGACCCUCAUCCCAAAUUCAGUUUGUUUAAACCUUUAUGUUUGCUGUGAUUAAUGAGCAAAUAUCUGUUUUAUUUUCUGUUCCAACAUUCAGGCUUUGCAUAAUGUUAGGAAGCGCGGCCGCUUUUCUUUUAUUUUGGAGGGAGUCCCUUUUUUGCAGAAGGUGGACGGACGCGCUCCCGGGAGGCAGCCGCCGGUCAGGAGAGCAGCCCGGCGAGCCCUAAGCGCUGCCUUCAGCAACACGCUGCCUGCAGAGUGAUGGUCUUAAAAUGAAAAGGUGCUGUGAGGGCGUCGGGCUGCCAUGCCUGUUUAAGGGUGUUGGUAUGGCCAGCCCCCGGCCUCCCAAAUACCUCCUCGUCUUCGAUUUCGACGAGACCAUCAUCAACGAGAACAGCGAUGACUCCAUCGUCCGGGCGGCACCAGGGCAGGCGCUGCCGGAGCACAUCCGACAGACCUUCCGCGAGGGCUUCUACAACGAGUACAUGCAGCGCGUCCUGGCGUACAUGGGGGACCAGGGGGUCAAGAUGGGGGACUUCAAGACUGUCUACGAGAACAUUCCUCUGUCCCCUGGCAUGCCAGAGCUCUUCCAGUUCCUCUCCAAGAACCACGAGCUCUUCGAGAUCAUCCUCAUCUCUGAUGCCAACAUGUUCGGCAUCGAAUGCAAUCUGAGGGCAGCCGGUUUCUACUCCCUUUUCCGCAAGAUCUUCAGCAACCCGUCUGGUUUUGACAAGAGGGGGUACUUCACCUUGGGGCCCUACCACAGCCAUAAGUGCCUUGACUGCCCGGCCAACAUGUGCAAACGCAAAAUCCUAACAGAGUACCUGGCGGAGAGAGCCCAGGAGGAGGUAGAGUUCGAGAGGGUCUUCUACGUGGGAGACGGUGCCAAUGACUUCUGCCCUUCCGUGACUUUGACUUCAGCUGACGUGGCUUUCCCGCGGAAGGGCUACCCCAUGCACCGAAUGACCCAAGAGAUGGAGAAGCAGCAGCCUGGAGCCUUCCAGGCCACUGUUGUCCCCUGGGAGUCAGCUACAGAGGUCGCCCGCUAUCUCCAGGAGGUCCUCAAGAAGAAGUGUUGAGGCUGGCUCAGAAGAGACUUGCAUACUAUAAGCAGCUGGGAAAGGAGAAGACUGGCGGGGGGGUCGCACCGUGUACCCCACGCUCACCGGCACUGCUCGCUCAGCCCCCGCUCCCGGGUUACUUUCCUGCCUUUCCUUCUCCAAGCUCCUUUCUCUCUGGCAAUUAAAGCACUUUCUCUAGGUCCUCCCUUCUCCUUCCCCUGCCAUGCUGAGAUGAUGCCUUCUCUAUGCAGCUCGGACAUCUACUCCACCGUGGGUGUUUGCCAACACUAAUGGUGAUUUUUUUGUUGUUGGUUGUGGUUUUUUUUUUCCUUUCUUUCCCUUUUGACUUUACAAGAGCAAUUCCUAAAAGACCAGAAGCCGGCUGGGCCCUGCACAUGCUCCCUCUUACCUUCAUCCUCCUCGCCUGCCUGACCUCCACUGGCCACGCCAGAAGCUGCGUGCUGUUGCCUUGAACCUGACGCUUGAGGUCUCCUUGCCUCUUCGUGAGGCCACUGGAAAUUUAAUCUGGGAAAUUCAUGCUGCCUGAGCUCCCCAGUUUGCCCUUCAUACCCUGCCUGAGCAGGGCAGCUCCUGGCUCAGCUGCUGAGCCUUGCGAUGGAGUAAAUUGUCCCUUGAGACUUUACGCUCUGAAAAAAAACAUGACGUGAGGGACAGGAAACCUUUUGGAAAGGUGGUACCUUGGAAAAAACCUUUAGUGCCCAUCCCCACCCACUUGCCCAGAGCAUGGGCACAGCAACCGCAUCCCGCUGCGGGGAGGAGGACCUGCCCUUGCCUUCCACUUCCAUCCUCUGCUUCUGCUUGCAGGGUAAAACGUCCCCCAUGUCCCCAGGGUGGACAGGUUCCUCCUCUCUCUAAGCCAUUACCAGUCACGUCCUUGUGUUUGCUGGAUCGUAUCGAAUUCCUCUUAACCCAGGGGUUGAUUUCCCUCCUGACCUCGUCGAGAGGUGCCAAACCUCCCCGCGGGAGGUGCGGUGCUGUGAGCACUUCUCCUGCCAUCGGGUCCCUGGAGGCCAAAACCCCUGUUCCCCUGCCCCGCUGCAGUAUUAAUUGCCCCUUCUAAUUGCACUCUGCAGGGGGGGACCCACAGUAUUCGCUGCUCUCUGGUGUUGGCUUCUCCUGGAUUUAUCCACAGCCUUACCGGCCCCCGAGGGUGGCUCGUAAUUCCUCCAAAGCGUAGAAACCCUGACAGCAAAUCUGAGCAGUAAGGAAAUAACCAAAGCAGCCCUGAGUUGUUCCUCUAUUUCAUUUCCCCUGUCUUUGUUCUUCCUCCUCUGGACCCUCUUCAACUGUGUGGAACUUAAAGCCAUGGAAUUAAAAAAAUACAUAUAUAUGUAUAUAGAUAUAUAUCUAUAUAUUGCAGAUACACAUGUUGUUUGUAUCCAGGACAUAAACCUGGGUGUGAAACAGC